ACCCUGACAGGGUUCGCAAACGCAAGCCCGCGCUCGGUGAUGGCACGUGUGACUCCUCUGGCAGCAGCCACCAUGAUAACAACUGUGGUGCAGCAAAAGAAAAAUUACUAAUCGCAUCAUUUAUAACCGCCCAGCUGCACAAAAUCCACGGUAGUCUUCCUACUACUAACAUAGGUGCAAGUAUAGCUGCCCCAAGUUAGACAUCAAACUCCCCCACCUCCACUCUGGGAUUAUGCAGGGACUCCCGUUCGUGAGCGAAGGCUCCUCCACCCACAAGGCUUUGGCAUCAGUAACUUCCACCCUCUCCAGCCAGAGCCUGGCCCUCGCCACCCUCGCAGAACAGUACCGCUCCGACGUGUACUCCCAGCUCAACCUCAUCCAGUCGCUCCAGAUCUUGUACAACACCUCCCAGGUCAAUAGGGGAAAGGUGGUGGUGUGCGGCAUCGGCAAGUCCUACAAGAUAGCCAGCAAGCUCGUGGCCACCAUGAACUCGUUGUCGAUCUUUUCCUCGGCUCUCCAUCCCGCAGAUGCCUUGCACGGCGACUUGGGGCUCAUUGACGAGUCCAAGGACUGCUUGGUGCUCUUGACUGCCAGCGGAAAUACCCCUGAGCUCUUGCAAUUGUUGCCACACAUCUCCCCCGAGGUACCAGUGGUGUUGCUCACCUGCAACAACGACUCGAAGCUCUCCAACCACCCGCAGGUCAACUCACUCCUCUACGCCGCCUUGCCUGCCCAUCUCAACGAGGACUCCAUCCACGGCUUGCCUGCGCCGACCGUCUCAGCAACAUUGUCUUUGGUACUUGCGGACGCCACCAUCUUGGCAUUGCUGGAACUCAUCGAAGAAGACACAUCCAAGAGAAAGAAGCUCUUCUCCAUUAAGCAUCCUGGCGGUUCCAUAGGCGCGGACUUGAGUCACUUGAACAAUAAUGUCGCCAUGAGCAAGUCCGCCUCCACAAACAGCGACAAGAAAUCGUUCUCAUCGCACAUCAGCACUGCAUCACUUCUUAGUCUCGAUCAAAUAAGGAAAGAAUUACACACAACCGGUGGUCCAUCUCCGGGGAGCAUCAAGUCGAGCUUGAGUUCAUUGAACUCCUCCGAUGAUGAAGGCGAACUUUUUGCCGUCAAGGCUCCUGCUGCAUUUUCCAUUUCCGAGAGAGCGAAGGCAAAUUCCGAAUUAUCGAGCUUGAUCCUUGCUGCCGACAAAAGACAAGUCUUGAAGACUACAUUGCUGGAAGUUAAGCUGUUGAAUUCUAGCCAAAGCGAGCUCAAAAUCUUACAAUGGACCUCGUUGUACGAGUACAUCAUUUUUGACUCCAAUGUCAAGAAAAUGGGCAUCAGAACUAGCGAUAUCAGACAAUUGUACAAGACACUCCACGAACAACGAUCCACUACUUUUGGCAUGAACUCUGGGUUGUGGCCCAAGUUUAAUUCGAGCCUCCUUAACGCAUUUACAGAAGUUGUUCUUGUUUGAUCAAUGGGGUGUAGAUUUUACGAUUCAGACAGGACCAGAACAUAUGCUGCCUAAUUGAAUAGUGUCCCAUUAGUUUAUCUUGUAUAUAUUUAAUUCGAACGGUCAAUCAGACGAUACAUUUCGGCUUUA